UAAAUGUAUUUUUGGUCCUUCUCAGAAUAAAACCAGAGGAGCUUUUAAAAUAGCAUUCAUUGGUGGCUCAGGGCUGUCAGUCAAAUGUGGGUGGUAUCAGUUGACAAAUGAGACUUCCAGUAAGUCCUCCUCACAUGCUCUACAACACAGAGUCAACAGGCUGUGCGGGACAUCAGACGGAACAUCACCACGACUGGACAACAUAAACAAACCAGCGAUCCAGCAGAACCGUCCCACCAACUCAACUUUAGCCCCCUUGAAAGACCACUCGGUCGCAGACUUUUUUCAACUGCUUCACGUUUCCACCGGCUUGGGAUGUAACUUCCAGUGAGGAUUUUGCGCCCAGGCGGAGCACUGAGACUUUUCUUGAGUUUCUUAACAUUUCAAAAACGUAAGUUUUGACUUAUUUAGAAGGUGUCACACUUAUAUGACAUUGUAAGAACACUCGGUCAUCUCUCGACACCAUGGCGGAAGCGGCCCAGCAGCCACACCUGGUGGAAAUCGACCCGGAUUUCGAGCCCCUUCCGCGGCCCCGGUCGUGCACUUGGCCCCUGCCCCGGCCGGAGUUCAUCAACCCGGGAGACUCCAACACCUCGUCGCCGGUGCCGUCCGUGAAGCAGGAGCCCGGCGUUGGCAAUGCGGAGUUCAUCAACAAUCUGAGCCUGCUGGAGGAGAAUGAAGACUUCACGGAGCAGAAGCCGGUCAUCCUGUGCAGCGAGUUUCAGUGUCAGGAAAACUGCGUCCACCAGCAAGCCCAACAGCAACAUCAUCACCAGCAUCAGCAGCAGCACCCAAACCCGCAACUCCCGCAUCAGCAGCAGCAGCAGCAGCAGCAGGUGCCUCUGCUCUCCACCCCGGUGGGCUCCUCACCUUCGGCAGCCGCAGCAGCUGCUGCAGCCGCUGCACAGAGGAAGAGCAGCUCCUCUCGGCGGAACGCAUGGGGGAAUAUGUCAUAUGCAGACCUCAUAACCAAAGCUAUUGAAAGUUCUCCAGAGAACAGACUAACGCUGUCUCAGAUUUAUGACUGGAUGGUGAAAAGUGUGCCUUACUUCAAGGACAAGGGAGACAGCAACAGCUCUGCAGGCUGGAAGGUAUGUCUGACUGUUUUCAUACUUGCUUCUUGGAGUUUACUGUGGACAACAUUAGCGAUGCACCAAUCAUGUUUUUUUCCUGACUGAUACCCAUUACCGAUUUUUUUUGAAGAAGUAAAAAUACA